UCCGUCCAGCUCGGAGCUGCCCGGCGCCCCAGCCGCCCGGCUGGCCGGCCGCUCCUGCCCGCGGCGCAGAUGGCUGUGCGCGGCGCCAACACCUUGACGCCCUUCUCCAUCCAGGCGAUCCUCAACAAGAAAGAGGAGCGAGGCGUACUGCCCGUGCCGGAGGGGCGCCCGGUACCCGGGGGCACACCGGUAGCAGUGGCUGGGGCGCCCGCGGUCUGCUGCUGGCGGCUCUUUGGGGAGACAGACGCGGGCGCGCUGGUCGGCGCCGAGGACUCUCUGCUGGCGUCGCCUGCUGGGACUAGAACCGCUGCGGGGCGGACCGCGGAGAGCCCGGGCGGCUGGGACUCCGACUCCGCGCUGAGCGAGGAGAACGAGGGCGGACGGCGCUGCGCGGACGCGCCGAGGGCCAGUCGGACCAGCCGUGCGGGAGGGACCCUGGGCCUCAUCCAGCCGGUCUGCGAGCUGCCCGCCGCCAAGGACCUGGACGAGGAAGCCGCGGGCCAGAGCGACAGCGAGAUGUCCGCCAGCGUCUCAGGCGACCGCAGCCCGAGGGCAGAGGACGACAGUGUCGGACCCGAAGGCGCACGCGUGCCAGCGCUGUGUAGCGGGGCGGGCGGCGGCAGCAGUGGCGUUGGGCCGGCGGGCGGCGCGGAGGAGGAGGAGCCCGUGGCGCCUAAGCCACGCAAGAAGCGCUCGCGGGCCGCCUUCUCCCACGCGCAGGUCUUCGAGCUGGAGCGCCGCUUCAACCACCAGCGCUACCUGUCGGGGCCAGAGCGCGCCGACCUGGCAGCGUCGCUGAAGCUCACCGAGACGCAGGUGAAGAUCUGGUUCCAGAACCGUCGAUACAAGACCAAGCGCCGGCAGAUGGCUGCCGACCUGCUGGCCUCCGCGCCCGCGGCCAAGAAGGUGGCGGUGAAGGUGCUGGUGCGCGACGACCAGAGACAGUACCUGCCCGGCGAGGUGCUGCGGCCACCCUCACUGCUGCCACUGCAGCCCUCCUACUAUUACCCUUACUACUGCCUCCCCGGCUGGGCACUCUCCACGUGUGCGGCUGCCGCGGGCACCCAGUGAGCCGGCCUGGGGCGAGGCAGC